GUAAAAAUAAAAAAAAAGCAUGUGAAAAUAGACGCAUAUAAAAAAAUAAAAAUAAAAUCAUUUGUACAACUAAGAACAAAUAUAAAAAUAUUCAAAUAUCUAUUUUUUUUCUCUCUUUUUCUCUUCUCGUUGUUUUGUCGUGUAUCAGGAGCUUUUUUUUUCUUUCAUUCUUUUUAUUAUUUUAUAUUAGGAAACAAGUAAUAGAGAAAGAUGAGUUAUACGUCGUCGGAAGAUUCAGCAGCAAACUCAGAAUCGUUUUCAAGACAAUGUUAUAAUCAAAAUAACAGUUCAACAACAUGGCAGCAGUUUGUAUUAGGUGCCGGAUCAGCAGCAGGUUCAACAGUCGCUGUUGUUAGUGAGGAAUCCAUGAAAUGUUUAAAAUAUUGUCUAAAUUGGCUACAAUAUGCCAUCCAACAUAUAACUGAGCAAAUGAAUGUUAUUCGAGGCUUUCUAGUUUCACUUGCAACAAAUAAUAAUAAAAAUAAAGAACAGUCAGCAACACUACUUUCAUCAAUUAAACAGGAUAUGGUAUCAACAUUACGAAAGGUGAUAGAUAUUAUUACAUGCUAUGCAACUAAUGCGCUGCCAUAUCAAACAAAAGCAACUAUACGAGGAGCUAUUCUCAACUUACCUAUUAGAUGGGCUUCUUUAUAUGAUGAUGAUGAUUAUAUCAAGACAGGUAAUAAACAAAAAGACAGUAAAAUACAACAACAAACAAAAAAAGUUAUUCCAUAUAAACAAGAAGAUAUUGCACUUCGUUUAUUAGCGUUUGGACAAGAAUCAAGCACUAUGUUAAAUUCUAUCUCUACUAUAUUUGAGGAUACAAUUCAACGAGCAGAAAACUGGCUAGAAAAAUUAAGAAUCAUUCAUCCUCUAUUUUCCUCAAAUGAAGUGUACAAUAAAAAUUUGUUACCGUUAUCUAAUACCAGUAAUAAUCAUAAUAAUGACCCGAGAAUAGCCAUCAAAAAUAACAUGAGUGAAAAAGAGGAGAUAGAAGAAGAUUUUUAUAAUCUAUUGCUACCACCUAUCACCAAUCUCCAAAUCUCUUCCUCAUUGAAUAAUUAUCAUACUUUAUAGUCUACGCAUUUAUAUAUGUGCAUUUAUAUUGAAAAAAAAAAAGUCAGUACAUUUAUCGGAUAGCUUAUUAUUAUUCCCUUUUAAUUUUAUAUAUCUAUUUUACAUAUACUUUUGUCAUUAUUAUAACAAAUAACAAUAAUAAAAGGGUUAUAUCUUAAAUGAACUCAUGUUCAUUAU